AUGACUGAAUAAUUUAAAGCGAAUUUAAACGCCCAUCAGGUACUUUAGAAAGAUCAGCAUAACGUCAAUGUGCCUCAUAUCAUAACCUCCGCCAACAAUUAGCUUUUAAAGCGAGUACAGGCUCAAUCUAAGGAAACAAUCAAUGGCAAGAGAUCUCUGUAAACAGAGCGGAUAACCCCAAACAUAAAGAGCAAACAAUAGCCUUAAAGCGAGUUAAGGAACAUCAAUCCUCUGGGUGGAUAAAUAUACUUUGAAGGUCAAGUGGAUACAUUUCAGCCCAUUAAGUUUGAGAAUCAUAAGCUCUCGAGAGAUUCCUCUCCUGUGAUUGGUAUUAGGAAUAUGCAGACUCUAGAAAUAUCAAAUAACAAGAACUAGAAGCAGUAAUAGCUGACUCACCGAACAGCUAUGCCCUCUGAAACAAUGAAUAAAAAUUUUGACUUCCCUGUGCAAUCUAAAAAUUAUGUAAAUCAAAACUAAAAUACAACCCCAACUUACAUGACUUCUAAACAAACUGAGCAUGCAGCCAUGAUAGGCGCCUAGAUUAUACUGAAUCAGUAUUUGAAAAUACAGAGCUAGAACAACAAUCAGGAAAGCACUAAGCACAGCAAUAAAGAUACCUCUGCAAAUUAAAUUCAAUUCAAGAAAUCAAAAAGAGACAAACUAAUGCCGAGGAAAUAAAUAAUUGAAAAAGCAAAGGAUUAAAUUGUCAGCUAAGUCAUGCGAAAUCAGGAAAAUGUAUCCUAAGACUCUUCGAUGAAUUCCUAAUUCCUUCCCACGAUUUAGCAGGCUAAGAUAAUCACUAAUCAAAAGAUUUAUACUCAUUCUUCUAACAACAAUAAUGUGUCUCAAGUACAAUAAUCAACUGUGUUACUAGGCGGACUAAAUGGGAUUUCUUCUAUAAAACAUGAUAAGAAAAAAUCUUCAUAUAUGGGGAAUGAGUAUGAUAACACUUCAGCUACCAAGCCGACUAGCACUAAAAACACGCACAAAAAUCUUAUUUCUUUCAUAGAGGAAUAGAAAAAGUUCGCAAACGAGUUUACAAAGAUCUAGACUUAGCCAGAUUAGUACGUCAAUAAUAACAUCUCUCACAACGUGAUGUAUAGCCCUCAACCCAAUUAAGAAAUUAGGCAUGCGAAGUCGUUUAUCAACAAGCUAGAUAUCAGAGAUAGGGAAACCAUUGAUCAAAAGAAAAAUGGCAGCUUCUUUUAGUUUAAGUCUAAUGAAAAGCUUGAUUAAGUUGCUAGAUUCAAUAACAAAUAUAGAAUCGUAGAGGGUCUUCAUAGAAGUUUAAUUCAGAAGACCUAAACAACAGUCAAUACUGUAACACUCCAACUGCCUCAAAUAAAGCCUCUACCACAAAUUAAUAAUCUAAAUAGGAAUGAGAUUGAGACUGAUCAAACAGUACCAUCAGCAAGAUAGUCUGUGAUAUCUGAUAAUUAGGAAGCACUAUAUUCUUAGCAAAACCAGCAAACACUGGUUGAAUAACCUUAUUUCAACAUAAAUUAUCGACAGCAACAAAGCUUCUACAUUCAAGACUGCCAAUUGUCUCCUCAUCAGAUCUUCCCAGAAUAAUCCUAAUCGAACAAAGCUCUAAGGACUGGAGAGAUAAUAAUGCCGUUCUCAGGCCGUAAGAUGUUCUCGCAUGUGCUUGACAAAGAGUUGAAAUAGCAAUCUUAGUAAUCAUAAAAUCCUCCUUCGUAGGGAGAUGAUUGCACUUCAAGUUAGUACGGGGGUAAUCCAGUAAGCUAAAAUAAUACAUAUAUUGAUAUAAGGAGACUUGAUAUUUCAAAUCAUGCAGUAAGUGCCAAUAAAAUUAGAGAUCCCAAGAGUAAAUCUUUUACGCUAAAAAAACUCUAACUACAACAGCAAAAGAUAACACCAAGAAUAGAUGAGAGUGUAUUGAUGAGAAUGACGUCAAAUUAGUAACUAAGGAAUGAAACUGUUGCCAGAGAGGAUUAACUUAAGAACACUAAAAUAAAGCAGAUUCAUGAGCGUAGAAAUCAAUAAAAGCUAGUUCUAAAUAAAGCAAGCAUCAACUUUGAGGACAAAAAAGACUAGGAUGAGAUCCCUUUGAGAGAUAAGAACAACAACACAAAAUAGUCCUCUAUUAGCUAUAUUUCAGGUUUUCUAAAACAAAAACUACAGUUUAAAUCCCCUAGAGUGGAUACAAGGAACGAUACUGGAAAUCAGUUUGAAUCUAUUAUGAUUCAGAGCAUGGCGCUUUCAACCUAAUAGUCUUGCACUAAUAUAUUGUAGAAACACUCACAUUCCUGUCUGGCUAAUAAGGAGUCAGAACUAAAGUUGAGGACUAGAAAUGCGACACUGCUAAAUAUGAAUACGACAGAGCUUACUUAAACUGAAGUAACAGAAAAUUGGAGAAAUAAGUAAGAUGAGCCAGGUAGAGUAUCAAUGGAUGCAAUAAAGUUUCAUAAAACCCCUAUGGGUACAUAUAAAAUUGACUUUGAUAGUAAAUAGUAAAGGUUGAAAAUGCUGCUGAACUAAAAAGGCUCAUCUAUGUCAUCAAGCUUUGCCAGAGAAUGCAAGGAUCGAAUAAAGUAAAUGUUUCAACAGACAAAGAAACUACCAGCUAUGACGCUCUUGAAACAUGGAUAAUCACAUCGACUGCAAUUCAGCAGGAGAUAGAAUAUGGAGUACAGGCCUUUAGUUAUUCUCAUAUUUUCUGACUUGGUUGGUGUGCUUGAAUCAUAAUGGGAUUAGUAAGAGAAAAAGAAGAUCAAUCACAAACUAUACUUAAAAAGACAGUUCUUAAGUUUCCUUAAAGAUCUGCUGGAGCAAUAUCAAGUUGCUCUCUAUAUAGAUGUCAGGGGUAAAGAUAAAUACUAAUACAUAAAAGAGAUAUUGUUGUAAAAAGAAGAAUAUUAUUUUGAUGGCUUGUAUACCUUCAAUCAUGAAGAGACUUAAUAGAACAGUCGGAUUGAUAUAGACUAAAUUUUAAUUGACUUUGGGGUGCUGGAUAAUAAUGGCAAGUCCAGAUAAAAAAGCGUGGUUAAAUGCAUUUAAGGUAUAAAGUAUGAAGAAUUUUAGUAGCCACCACCUGAGGAAGAAAUAGAAGCUGAAGAGGAAAAUAUACAGGUAGUUAAAUCGCCUGAUUAUGAGUUGAUCGAUAGUUUAAGAUAAGCACAAUAUCAAAUUGAAAGUGGAGAUGUAAAAGUACUCAAUAUCAUAGUUGGAUAAAGCUAAUUUAAUUUGGAAUCAGUACUUAAAGUAAUUAGGGAGGACAAUUAUCAAGUAAAUAAAUAUGUUAAAAGGCACGAUUUCAAUAUAAAUAUGCUCUCAAAUGCUGUUGACUUAGCUGGCUAUUAUGGUCAGCUAAAUCCUGUGCUAGAUUUCUAAGAACAGUAAGCUUGUUUGAAGUUUGAGUAGUAUCAGCCAGAUAUAAAAAUAGCUGGCUUGCUAGCUGGUUUAAGAGAUAAAAACGCCUACAUCAAAAAUGAGAAGGCCAAGUACUUUAACUAAUAUCGAACUAAGUACAGAAUAGCUCACGAGAUUAAUAAUAACAAUAUGAUUAAUGCAAUGCUAGAAAGCUCAAUGAUGUCAUCUCAUGAUCAAUCUCAAUACCAUACAAUAGAUAAUAAUGCAAAUAACAAUAACCUAAAUUCAAGCGGAAGCUAGAUUUAGAUGAGUCCUGAUUUCUUGAACAUGCCUUAUUUUUAAGUAAAGAGCUUUGACAACUCACCCAAGAAGAUUUAUAAGCAAACCGUCAUUGAAGAAGAAGAUGAUUUUUAUGAUAAUGAUAAUAGCUAGUAUAUGAAUGCUGAAAUCUUAAAUUUCAAAGAUAGCACAAUUGUAAUUGGGACCAGGAAUAAUUUCGUAAUAGAUGACUAUGUCUUGAUUGAUCAAAGAGUAGUUAAGUCUGCUUGCAGAAAUGUUCUGCAGUGGCUCUGUAAAAAAUGA